AGUUCGCAUGUCAGUUCAGUACGGUGCGACCGCGGUUGGGUGAAGUGAAUUGUGCGAAACCAGCAGUACAGUACGGGAGAAUUCUAAAUAAUUUUUUGUCGGACAUCUUAAACCGUAAUAUUGUUUACUGUAUUCGCUGUAGUUGCUCUGUCGCAAUCGCGUUGAUGAGAAGCAACUAUGAUUGGCAGUGACUAUGUACUCGAGGCACACAACAUCUACCACACGGCGGAGGUCGACGGAAAAGGCUGCUUCAAUGGAUCCGGGAACUCAGCCCUGGUCUUGAAAGGAGUGAACCUAAUUGUUCACAGUGGUGAAGUAAUGGCAAUAUUGGGAUCAAAAGGAAGCGGUAAAAGAGCGUUACUCGAUGUAAUAUCGAGACGAGCGGAAGGUUCUACUCGAGGCCAAGUAUUGUUAAACGGUGCACCCCUAUCCAAAGGACUAUUCCAGCAAAGAUGCGCUUAUGUUACACAAAACAACAGUUUCAUCCCUGGACUGACCAUCUCGCAAACAUUGCAUUACACUCCCACAAUUCUUUCAGGAUAUUUGAAGAGCUCAAAAGUACGUCAAGUUUUGGCUGACCUCGCUUUAUCUCAAGUCGCUCACAAACGUGUUGAACAUUUAAAUUUAAGUGAAAAACGAAGAUUAUCAAUUGGUAUCCAGUUGGUUCGGGACCCAGUUAUGCUUUUACUGGAUGAACCGACUCAAGGACUAGAUCCCCUCAGCGCAUACCUGCUCAUAUCGAUUUUAUCGAAUUCCGCCAAAAAGACGGGGUGCGGAAUAUUGCUUUCUCUAGAGAAGCCCAGAUCUGAUGUAUUUCCCUUCCUCGAUCGUGCCCUGUUUCUUUGCCUCGGUGGAGUUGUUUACUCAGGAAGUACCCGAGCAAUGUUGGAGUAUUUCCAUGGAAUUGGUUUUCCAUGUCCACAACUUGAGAAUCCACUGAUGUAUUAUUUGUGUUUAUCGACAGUUGAUCGAAGGAGCCGCGAUAGAUUCCUCGAAUCAAGCCAACAAAUCGAAGCACUAGUAGAAAGAUUCUCACGGGAAACACCACUGCCAGAAGCUCCUGUUAAUUCACUAGGAACCGGUAAGGUUCCUUUAGCGUACGGGAAGCCUGGUGAGCUUAAAGUUUGGGCCCUUCUUUAUCUAAAAUUGUUAGCUUCAACAUUUUCCUGCGGAGUAGUUGGUUUGAAAUCGUUAAUAUUGCGUUUAUUUUUGCUCCCAUUGGCUAUGAGUUUGAUGUGGUUAUUCUACAGCAACGUAGGGAACGAUUCUCAUGGAUUCUUCAGUAAAAAUGGGAUGAUUUUGAAUAUAAUCGGUUUAUCUUAUGGAUGCGGAAUUCUCACAACAAUUUCAUUAUAUCCUUGUUGGAGAAAACGAUUUUUCGAAGAUUACCCCGAAGGACUCUAUUCAGGGGCUACAAUGCUGAUCGCUUACAAUGCUCUUUCCAUUCCGUUCGCAUUCAUAUCGGCAGCUAUUGCUGCCUGUGUGAUUUAUCCUUUGGUGCUAGAUCCUCAAACUCCAGAUGGAAUUUCAUUCACAUAUCUCCUGGUAUCACUGUGGUCGAGUUUCACAUUUGCAGAACAACUUUGCGUUUUGUUCUUGUUGGUCGUCAAGUCACCAUUCAACGCUGCAAUUGCGGUAACUUACAUCCUCGUCAUUUGCAUAUCCUUGGCAAGCGGCACUGUUAGAUCAUACAAGGGACUACUACCUUGGCUCCAGGAUAACACCAAAGGAACUCAUACUCGCUAUGUUUCGUCCCUGCUGCACAGCGUUGCAUUCUCCCAAAAGACGAAUUGCACACCAACUGCUUCUGUUAUUUGUCCAAAAGCAACGGAUUUCCUGCAUGAACGACUUGGUCGAGCGGAUCCUGAUGAAACAAUUGAUGUCGCUGCCUCUUGCGCAUUCGCUAUCGGAUUUGUCGCCUUCAACAUGUUACUGUAUCUGUUCCCGAUGCCUCGAUUUAUCCGUAGAAAAUAUAUUGACUGAUAACUGAAAGUAACUUUAAGUUAACAUUUAUUUAUUUUAAGCGCUUAAAUUUAAUUUAUGAUAUAUCAAACAAUUUAACAUUUUCACCAAAAUAAAAAGUUUCAUUCUAUACGGAGAACAAAA